UUGCUAGUCAAGUUAAGCUUCAACUUUUCAUUCAAAGUUUUGUUUAACCAUUAUUAUUGUUUCUAAUCACCUAAUACUUAAUGUUCAGCCUUUCAGUUUACUCAAUAAUCAAGGCAAAGUGGGAAAUGGUGUGAGCCUCAAUGGAAAAGUGAAAUUAUGAAAAAAUGCCAUUUAUGGUUACAUGUAGAUUCUUUGAUUUAUGGCAUGAAAACAUGUCCAACUUGUAAUGUUAAGUGUUGAAGAUGAUUUAUUAACAACAAUUGUUUUACCAAACAUAUUGUCUUCAGUGACCAUUGGAUAAGUGCCAAGAUAAUAAACUGUGUGAUGAGCCGAUAGACUGUGCCUUAAGUUAAUGUGUGAAAAUUCACAGUUAAUCAACUAAGUGAAUGUUGAAGUGAAAAUCAAAGUUGCUGGAAACUAAACAAAAUGAAUGUUCCCAGAGACGAGGUGAGGUACCGUCGUGGGACGGCUGUUGGUCCCUUCAUUCCAAGUCACAAUCUGUUGAAGAUACCAACCAAUAUGCAGCGAAAGUCUAGUUUACCGAUAAUUGCGCCACUUCGAUCUGACAGUUUGUCAACAUCAACAUCAUUGAGCACAAAAUCAUCGCCUUUACUGGAUCUGCCAAUCCACUUCUCAUCUGGUAAAUCAUCCUCUUUAUCACCAGCAUCAUCAUCAUCUUCAUUCUUAUCAACAAAUUAUAACACAAGUGUCAAUAGUGUUAACGUUUCUUCUAAAAAUUAUUAUUCUUCCUAUUAUGAUCGAACAUUUGGUGCCAACUGUUCAAGUGCUGAUGACGAUGAAUUUGAAGACGAAGACUCGUCACCCGAUACAAUUUUGAUUGAAAGCGGUAAAAGGUUGAGUGCUGUUGGCCUUGCUUUCGGUCAACAUCUCCAGACGAUGGCUCUCAAGUUUUCAACCAACCACAAGGAUAUAAUUGAUAAAACACGGAUUCUCUGUGCUCGCCAUGUUCGCACCAAAUUAUCUAAAAGUGGUUUAAUCGAUAAACGUUCAUCUUUAACUAAACUUAGAUCAAUGAGCAACAUUGACUUUGAUCCACUGCUGGUUGACCUGAUGGACUCGAUAAGUGAUUUAAUAACUGAAAUGGACAGACGAUCUCCAGGUUUGUUUGACUCGGCAAUCAAAAGAUCGGGCGCAAAUGUGAGCAUUUUAUCGUCACCCGAGAAAGCCUCGUUUGCUUUGACAGUAAUUUUGGAUGAAAUUUUCAUCGACUCAAUAAGUUGGCCAAAGAUAGCAGCCAUGUUUGGUGUUACCGGUGCUCUGGCCGUCGAUUGUGCCACCAAAGGAAAGCAAGAAUACAUAACCAGUUUGGUGGAUACGGUUGGCAAUUACACCGAGAAUAAUCUAGCUCGAUGGAUUCACAAUCAAGGUGGUUGGUCUAGCUUGAUUUACUGUUACAAUAAAGAAUCUUCAUGGUCUCGUCCUGUUCAAUAUUUGGCUUUAAUUACAUUCUUUUUUAUUCUCAUUUUAAGCAUAAUCUGGUUCAAAUUUUAACCAGUUUAUGCUUAAAAUGGAGUAAAUACAAACGUCUUUUGCUUUUAUCUUUCCAUUAACUAUAAGUCGGAAAACCUUGAUCUGAAUGUAAUUAGUAUCGAUUAUAUCUGUUGUAAAAAUUAUAAUUUAAUAAAUGAUGUCGCUUGUUGCGGAA